AUGGCCCCCUCACGAGUCACCUACCGUCGCCGGAACCCGUACAACACCACGUCGAACCUGACGCGGAUUACGAAGACUCCCGGCGGCAAGCUCCGCGUUCUUCACAUCAAGAAGCGCGGCACUGCUCCCAAGUGCGGCGACUGCGGCAUCAAGCUCCCUGGUAUCCCCGCUCUCCGCCCUCACGAGUACGCUCAGAUCUCCAAGCCCAAGAAGACCGUCCAGCGCGCGUACGGUGGCUCGAGAUGCGGUAACUGCGUCCGGGACCGUGUUGUCCGGGCUUUCCUCAUCGAGGAGCAGAAGAUUGUCAAGAAGGUGCUCAAGGAACAGAGCCAGGCCGAGAAGAAGAAAUAA